AUGGAAAAAUUCAGGAGAAAAGAGCCGAGAAACACAAGCUUCUUAAACAUCGGAAACCCGCUGUCUACCGAGAUACGGGAUGAACCCUUCCCUUUAAACUACAAAACACCGCAGUUAGACGACUACAAUGGAACAGGGGAUCCGAUCACACACUUGAGCUGUUUCCAAGUAGUCAUGAUGGUACAAAUCUUGUCCGAAGCCGCUGUCUGCAAGCUCUUUCCAACAACCCUGAAAGGACCGGCUGCCAUCUGGUAUCAAAGUCUAAAAGAAGGUUCUAUUCGGAGCUUUGACAAGCUAGCAAAAGCUUUCCGAACUCAUUUUGCACCGAGUAUACAGCGGAAGAAAAAGUCCAGUGACCUAAAACUUUGUUACCAGAAACCAGGAGAAAGAAACUUGAAUGAUGAUACCGUGAUAGAUGCAAUGAAGGACAACACAACGAUGAUGGCCUUCAGAGAUAACCUGAUAACGAAUCCGGUACAAACUUACUCCCAGCUCAUGGACCGAGCAUGGAAUUAUAUAAAUUUGGACGAAGAACAACGACGAAAGGCCACACAAACUACAACACAGUUCCAAACACCAAGGCCUACUUUCAUUCAGACGGCUAGGCAAGACAGGUUCAGGCCAAGAAACCAACAACAAGUCGGUCCACAACGAACAGAACCACACCAACCAGUGAAAGUAGAAGACCAAGCCUUCAUUCCACUCAAUACACCGAGAUCACACAUCCUAAUGUGGAUACAGAACAACAAUGAGCCAGUAAGAUACCCACCCAAGCUUCAGCACGAGGGAGAUAGGAAAAAAUACUGCCAAUUCCACGAUGGCCAUGGCCAUGUCAUUGAUGAAUGUGGAAGUCUGAAGAAGGAAAUUGACUGA